ACAUAGAAUAGCUGGAUUAAAGCGGUCCGAGCAUAAACAAAUCGGCGGGCAGCAAACCGGGUUUCGUAGUAAUAUAACGGGCAAUGUAGUAGUACCGUAGAACGGAUCGCAUGCCUUUAAAGGUACUAUAUUAUACAUAUAGUCAGUUUAUAGUUUACGCUACACGAGUCUAUAGUAUUACUCCCCACUCAGAAUGAUAGUCAAGUGUCACUGGCCGUAACUGGUCUGAGCAUCGCUCGAGCGCUUAUGUUCGCCAAACGGCGGGCUAAAUAAUACUGACAAGGAACACUAUUUAAUCGAUGAUAUAAUUGCAUAGCUUUUUUAAAGAAAAAUAUUUAACAAAAUGUUAUUAACAAAUGGCAUAGAAGCUAGAUCUCUUGUUGUUUACUGUAUCUUUUUUUGUAGCGAAUCAGAAACGGUCCAUUUAAGCAAGCAUUGCAUACUUAAUUUUAUUUCAUAAUUUCAACAUUAAAGAAAUUUUAAUAUUAUAUUUUUUUGAUUUACAUACUUUUUCACGUAGAACUAUUCCCUUGUUGAUUGUGUACCACGAUGACUGGAACAUUCUGUAUAAGCGAUAUUCUUGCUGAUUUCCUAUGUUGUGUGAAGAUCAACGAACUGAUCAUUUUAAACAGACAAACAAGCUUACCAACGAUUACGAAAAGUUUGGAGCUUGUUGGUUGUUUUAAAAAGAAAUAGAUCUAGCUAAUUAACAACUAAACUAAUUGCAGAUGACAUUUUUUAUUAAAUUUUUUUGUGAGAUUUGUAGAGUACCCUGUCGAAUCAUAUAAAAGAGUCUACAUAUGUGAUUCGACUAUAAACUGAAUAACAUUCUUCGUGGGUUAGAAGGUUAAAGUACAUCGAUAAACUUCAUAAAUAAGAUUCCAUAUCUCGAUUUAACGAGAAUUAUUGUUAAACAGAAAUUUAGUAUUUUCAUAUAUGAUUCCCAUCUUUCUUUCCAUAUUAUCUUUAUUUUUUAGGUUCAAUUUCAUAUUAAAUUUUCAAACAUCUUCGCAUGUGAUAUUAAAAAGGUAUGAAAACAUCAAUAUAUAAUAUAAAAGUCUUAUGUUAAGCGAUUUUAAUACAUUUUAUAUAACUCCGACGAGUAAUAAACAAUAUCUUCGGAUGAGUAAUAAAUUCAAUUAUUGCAAUCUUUUACUUAACAGGAAUGAUGAACAAUAAGUUGUAAAAAUUUUAUGAGAUCUUCUGACUAUUACUAGAUGUAAAUAUCUUUGAUUUAUUUAUUCCUUGUACCGAAGUAACGUACGUUCGUUACAAUUCAUUUUGUAUGUUGUUCUUUUUUGUUGUAACUUCUUAUCAAUGUUUCCAAUGCUGUACAUUAUGUGACACCUUUUUCUUAUCUUAACUUAGCCUUAGAAUGUACUAGCAAUGUGUGACAGCAAACAACUAGGACGUUCCGUAUAUAAUAUGUAUGUGCACGCAAUGUUUUAUAUUCUACACAAAAGCAUAGGAAGAUAAUAAUGUAUCUAACCUCGAUUUAGGAAACAUAACUAUAUAAGUAGUAAUUGUCAUGCCUUUGAAAUUUCUUUGGAUAAACUCAACAUAAAUUUGGAUAAAAUGGACAAGGAUUUCUUCCUAUUAUUCCUGUUACAUAAGAACCUGUUUGGAACAUGUUUAUGUAUUGUAUAUAGGAACAAGUGGUAGCAGAUACGUAGGCACAGUGUUACAAUCGAGUCAAUGAUACAGUCUUUCAUCUGCUGUCCGAUCAACAACAUACUGAUUUACGUUCCUUUUCUUUCAUUUGAAUUAUUCAAUUUUCUAAGACAGUGAUACGUCGCAUAUACGCAGUGUCUAGCUGGAAUUUUCGCGAAUACCAUCGAAAUUAAAUUGUUAUUAAAAAGUGUUUUAGAGUUUUAUAAAAUAAGUAUUAAACCAAAUAUGAAUCUAUUCACAUCUUCAAUUAAACAGAUAUCACGAAAAAUGUAUAACAAUAGGCAUCUGUCCACUUGUAUAACACAAUUACAUCACUGUCCUGGUCCUUUAACUCAACUUACAGAAGAAGAACUUCUGAUGAAAGAAAGUGUUGCUAAAUUGGCUAAAGAGGAAAUUGCUCCGCUUGUGCGAAAGAUGGAAAAGGAGGGAAAAAUAGACGAUGCUGUAGUACGAACACUUUUCGAAAAUGGUUUAAUGGGCAUCGAAGUACCGGAGAAAUACAGUGGUUCUGGGUGUAAUUUCAUGACAACGGUUUUAACCGUUGAAGAAGUUGGCAAAGUUUGUGGAGCUGUGGCAGCUCUGGUCGAUAUUCACAAUACUUUAGUGAACUCAUUAGUUGUGAAAGUCGGCACGGAAGAACAGAAAGCAAAAUAUCUGCCGAGAUUAGUACAAGAACACCCGGGAAGUUUUUGUCUUACGGAGCCUGGUUCAGGAUCAGAUGCCUUUUCUUUGAAAACCGAGGCAAAAAAGGAUGGAUCUGAUUAUGUUAUAAACGGAACAAAAAUGUGGAUUUCAAAUUCCGAUAUUGCGGGUUUGUUCCUUGUUUUCGCAAAUGCAAAUCCUUCUGCCGGAUACCGUGGCAUUACAACAUUUCUUGUAGAACGAGAUACACCUGGAUUAACAGUCGCAAAACCUGAAGAUAAGCUAGGAAUUAAAGCAUCGGGUACAUGUAUGAUUCACUUCGACAACGUCAGAGUUCCUGAGGAGAAUAUCUUAGGAGAACUUGGGCAAGGGUACAAAUACGCUGCAAAAUUUUUAAAUGAAGGACGAAUUGGUAUUGGAGCUCAAAUGAUUGGUAUAGCACAAGGUUGCUUCGAUGCUACCAUACCAUAUACAUUAGAGAGGAAACAAUUUGGAAAAGACAUAUUCUCAUUUCAAUCUAUGCAACAUCAAAUUGCUCAAGUGGCCACUGAACUUGAAUGUGCCAGGUUACUGGUUUACAAUGCGGCCAGAUUAGUCGAUGCCAAAAAAGAUGUAAUAAAAGAGGCUGCCAUGGCAAAACUGGUUGCUUCCGAAACGGCAUUACGGGUUACCGCAAAAUGCAUCGACUUUAUGGGUGGAGUAGGAUUCACAACGGAUUUUCCUCAAGAAAAAUAUUUUAGAGAUUCGAAAAUUGGGACCAUUUACGAAGGCACUAGUAAUAUGCAAUUGUCAACCAUAGCCAAAUGCAUUCGUCAACAAUAUUCGUGAAAAUAUGUAGUUAUACUCGUCCUUUAAAUCAAAAUUUUAUACUGUAUUUUUUAUAAUUAUAAUAGAUAUUUUUUACAAUUAUGUUCUUUUAUAUUCCAUUAAUGAUAAUAAAUAUUUUAUUGAUAAAUUUA